AGCAACUUCCUUCUCAUUCCCUGCAAUUCCUAGUCAAACCUCAGUCUUCCACUCCUACUAGCUUCAUUGUUAUCGUUUUGGGCGGAUCCUUGCUCAGUCAGCGCAAGUCGAAGCAGCUGACGCUCCGACCGAACCCUUCGCCGGGCGACGACAAGAACACAUCGCGCCAACACCUUCACCCACCUCUCACUAUCCACAACUUCGACGCUAACAGAGUCAAUUUACACGACAACAUCCAGAAGAGCUUCCACCACAUUUUGUCCGCCCACGAGGCUACUUAUUCUUGAACCUAUCCAUCGCCUCAAACAGCGACUGCCCCUCACUUCGCCAACAACAUGGCCAUGGAGGGUGCGCGCUACACGAUAGAGCAAUUGAAAGCUCUUCGUGAAUCGCCCCUGGUGCGCAAACCAGAUGAACUGCCCUCGAUCGACGAGUGGAUAGAAGGCAGUCAACAACAGUCGCAACAAGAGAAUGGCGGUCGCAAGCCCCGCAACCAAGCCCAGAGACAAGAAGAGCCUGCGCCCAUGGGCAACUUCUCAUCACAGAGACCAUCACUACUACAGACCAGACACACCUCGCGCUCUGCCCAGCAGCCUGACGAAAUCGUGCUUGGCCCGCCAAAGACGUCAUUCGCAUCCUCCCGAAACAUCAACAAGCUCGAAGAGCGCGAGCAAGAACAAGAGUCACCCGCAGCCGCACAGCGCUCGCGCUUUUUCCGCGACAGGGAAACCACAAAGACCGGCAACAACAGAGACUGGAGAUCAUCCAAACAGCAACAGGAAGACGACGAUGCCUUUGCUGCGGAACCCAGAUUUACACCCCGUCAGCCACGUGAGGGCAACGGCAACGGCUUCGGUCAGCGAUUCGAUCAACGCUGGUCUCGCGACAACAACGACCGUGAUCGCGAGCGCGAACGCGAGCGUGAGCGUGAAAGACCCAGUCAGCGUGGUGGUUGGCGCGACAAGGCACGCAACGAGCGCCAGGGCCAAGGCCAGGACGCUUCCGAGAAGGAGCCUGAAUGGAUGGAUGAGCCAUUGGAGAAGGAGAACAAGAACCAGAUGCACACACAAGAGGACUUUGAGCAAUGGAAGGAACGUAUGAAGGCUUCCAACGCAGCACCCGCCGAAACCAAGCAGGACACAUUUGAUGAGGUUGCCACUCCAGUCAAGUCAACGCCGGCACACUCAAAACCACAGACUCCUCUGGUGACAGACGCACCCGGCUUUGACAAGAGCAUCUUUGGAUCUUGGGGAGAGAGCAAGAGACUUGAGAGCCCUGUCGAUACGCGCACAACCAAGACACCCGCCGCAGGAAAGGGCAAGUCCUCCCGCUUCGCAUCCAUGUUUGCUCCCAAGGAGGAGGCUCGUCCUGUUGUCGAAGAAGCUGCCAGCCCUGCGCCGCUUGAGUCGAAUGAAGACAAGGCCGGCUUCUUGAGAAUUAUGGCCGGCCUUCGCAGAGGACCAUCGCACUCUGGCGUCGACUCACCCAUCAGAGAGCAGGAUGGAAGAGGCCCUCCUGCUGGACCGCCGCCUGGCUUUGGCGUUCAAGCACCACAAGACGCUUUGGCUGCAAUGUUCGACAAGGCGCCUGCAUCUACUCAGUCUCCGCGACCUCAACCUGGCUUCGCUACUUCUGACUCGUACUUGCCACCUCCAUCUCAAUUCAGCCGACCUACGAGCAAUGUCGCUUCGCCGGAUCCCUCUUCAAUGAGGUCGGGGAACCCUGCUUCGCACUUGCCUCAUCAGAUGCAGAACAUCUUUCUCGAUCAAGCUCCUCGUAACGGUUCCACCCCGGAAAUUUUCAACCAGCAGCAUUCGCGCAAGCAGAACUCGUUGAACAAGGACUCGGAGUUCUUGCUCAACUUGAUUCAAACCAAGAACGCUAACAGAGCUGCUCCUCCACCUCGCAAUCAACACGAGCCAGAGCCUUUCCAGCUUUUCCUCGACCAACCUCCCAAGACUCACACCCAGACCAUUGCCCCCAAGCCGCAGGCUCCUCGUCCCACCGAAUCAAUCGAGGAGCAGCUGUUCCGUGGUAACCAGCAUCUCUCCAACAUCGAUCACGGUCGUCCUCGUGCUCCUCCUGGCUUCAUUGAAGACCCUUCGAUUGUCCUGCAACAAGCUCAACGUAGCUAUCCUAACGGCCCUCCCCAGCCACGCCGCCAGAGUGCUGCCCAACAGAUGCCCAAUACUGGACCUGGAGCUCCUCAAGACUUCCCUCCCAAUUUCCCAUACAUGUCUGGUGGUCCUCCACCUCCUGGUCCUGGCGACCGCAUGCCUCCACCUGGUUUCAACCCAAACCUACGUCACCCACCUGGCUUCGCCAACAUACCCAACAUUUUCCAGCAGCCUGGUUCGCAACCUCCUCCGCAACAAGGUGGUAUGCAAGGCCCACCCCCUGGCUUCCCACCUGGUAUGGCUCUGCCGCCUCCAGGUUUCGGAGGUCAUGGCCCGCCUCCGCCUGGCUUCUUCAACAACCCUAACCAUAUCCCCGGCGUACCACCUGGUUUUGCUCCUCCAGGCAUGAUGAUGAUGCCCGGUAGUGGCGUCAGAAGCCCUGAAGGUACGCCUGGUAUGAGAAGUCCUCAAGAAGGACCCGGCAUGGGUAUGCCUAUGCUUCAGGGCAUGGGUGCUGCCUAUGGUGGCAGACGUUAGAAGUCGUAUAUGCUACCCAGAUAUGGUGGAAAGCCAUACAUUCACUACGAAUCAUGGCCGACCGUGAGUGGAUAAACAGGCAUAAGGAUGAAUACAGGCGCCAAUGAUUAGGAAAAGAUGAGAAAACUCAAGGGAUGAUCUUUUUUUUCCGGUUCGAUGUUCUGAGAUAAAACUAUGAAUUCAGAUCGAAGGGCACUCCUAUGCCUUAUUUGCUAUCCCGAUAUCUUCUGUUCCUUUUGUGUUUUUCUAUGCUGACAUACCAUGUCUUCCCAGCACAUAAACCAAAACAGUCCAUCUCAGUCUCCUCCAUUCCACCCUGAUGUUCUAUUUUGCGGCGAUGUAUCGCGCUGUUCAUCGAUGCCGGCAAAGAAAUCGUUUGCCAUGGAAUCGACGUCCCAAACCACAUCAUCACCUUCACCACCUCAAAGCCGCCCGCCUGUACGGUAGAGUAGGUACAUCAUAAAAUUUCCCGAUUUCAAAACUUCUAUUCC